GCGAGAAAGGGAAAAAAAAAUCACCAGCGACCUGUUUCAAGUCCCCCCAAUAGAAACUGUGCCUGAUUUGUGGCCAAUGUUGGAGAUGUGAAAAAAAAAAGGGAGAGAGGACGAGGGGGGAGGGAAAACACUAAAGGGGGUAGCUAUGGAGAUAGACCGUUUUCCUGGCUGCUUUCUUUGACAGGUGUUGAGUGGGGUAAAAGUCUUAAAACAGAAUCCAGCAUGUACGCCAAAGGUAAAGGAGCUGUCGUCCCUUCUGAUAGUCAAGCGAGAGAAAAGUUAGCUUUAUAUGUGUAUGAGUACUUGCUGCAUGUUGGCGCACAGAAAUCAGCACAGACCUUCCUGUCAGAGAUCCGAUGGGAAAAGAAUAUCACAUUAGGAGAGCCUCCUGGAUUCCUGCACUCAUGGUGGUGUGUAUUCUGGGAUCUGUACUGUGCAGCUCCAGAUCGACGGGAGACAUGUGAACAUUCCAGCGAGGCCAAGGCUUUCCACGACUAUAGUGCGGCAGCAGCUCCCAGUCCUGUGAUGGGCAACAUGCCGCCCAAUGACGGUAUGCCAGGUGGACCCAUGCCUCCCGGCUUCUUUCAAGGCCCACCCGGGUCACAACCAUCACCACACUCACAGCCCCCUCCACACAACCCCAACAACCCCAUGAUGGGGCCGCACGGCCAGCCUUUCAUGUCUCCACGGUACCCAGGUGGACCCCGCCCAUCACUCCGCAUGCCAAAUCAGCCUCCCGUUGGAGUCCCAGGGCCACAGCCGCUCCUGCCAAACAGUUUGGACCCCACCAGACCGCAAGGACAUCCAAACAUGGGCGGCCCGAUGAGGAUGAACCCACCCAGAGGAAUGGGAGGCAUGGGCCCACAGAACUACGGCGGUGGAAUGAGGCCUCCUCCAAACUCUCUCGGCGGUCCUGGAAUGCCUGGCAUGAACAUGGUUCCGGGAGGUCGGGGGCCAUGGCCUAACCCUAACGCAAACUCAAUAGCAUACUCGUCUUCAUCACCAGGAAACUAUGUGGGGCCUCCAGGAGGUGGCGGACCUCCAGGAACUCCCAUCAUGCCAAGCCCAGGAGACUCGACGAAUUCCAGUGAAAACAUUUACACGAUGAUGAAUCCAAUCGGCCCUGGUGGCAACAGACCGAACCAGUUCCCAAUGGGGCCGGGGCCCGACGGUCCGAUGGGUGGAAUGGGAUCGAUGGAGCCGCACCUUAUGAAUGGGUCUUUAGGCUCGGGUGAUAUGGAUGGGUUGCCAAAGAACUCUCCGAACAACAUGGCAGGUAUGAACAAUCCCCCAGGAACUCCGCGGGAUGACGGGGAGAUGGCAGGCAACUUCUUAAACCCAUUCCAAAGUGAAAGUGUAAGUCCGCAUCACACCUGUCCGCUCUAG